CGGGCUGUGUGUGUGUGUGUACGGAUCAAAGUGGGUUUCCUGCGUGAAGCCAGGGGGUCCUGAGGCUGUGGGGAGAGGGGCUCGGUGUGACAGUUGCAACAGCAUUGCAGCAUCUCUCUCUCACACUCUCUCUCGCUCUCCCGUCUUUUGCUGACCUAGCCUUCUUUUCAAAACAACCUUCCUCUCUCCCUCCGGAUCAUCAUCGCAAGGUGCGGAUGCUUUCUGCAGGCUUGUAUCGUCCCUGUCCUCAGAUUUCCUUCCUCGUCCUCCUCCUCUUCCUCCUCCUGGGCACACUGAGAUCUCCAGCCCCCUCCCCUCCCUCCUCUUUAGCAUCACCGUUAUGAUGAUGGCUGCUGAGUUACAUUGAACAAGAGCAAGCCCAGCACCGGUUCAAACUCAACGGGCGCACCUGGUGGGACACGCAGGGAGGCGAAACGUCCCGUAAAGCUCGCAAGGGGGACGCCGGUAUAAUUAACGGAUCCUUGAAGACCUCAGACUGGUGGAGAAUGGACCAUUCCAUGAAUGGCACCCUAGCGGAGAAGCACAGCCCCAUAGAUUACGGAGUCCAGAUCAGGUUCAUCAAUGACCUGAAGGAGCCCAGGAAAUCCCAAAAAGUCCGCCCCAAGGCAGCCAAGCCGGGCUCCUACGGCGUAGCGGUGCGAGUCCAGGGAAUCGAUGGCCAACCUUUUGUGGUCCUCAACAGUGGGGAGAAAGGGGGCGACUCCUUCGGGGUACAGAUCAAAGGAGGAAACAAAUAUGAAAGGCCAGCUCAGAGUCAGACUUUUGGGGAGACGUUUCCAGGCUCUCCCAGGGCUGCGUCUUCAUCCAAGGAUCUUUCGGGAUCCAUCAGCUCCGACUCGGAUCUUCCCGAAAACCCCUACGGGGCGAAACCUCCUCGAUACGGCUCUCAGUAUAGCACCUCGGAUGAGGAACUAGGCCUACAACGAGGGCCCCCAGCAGAUAGCUUGGAUGGGAUUCGCACGUCCCGUAGCAACCCUUCCUCAGCUCCCCACGGCGGCUAUCGGACACUGCCCCACAAAAAAUCCACGGGGCAGCAGCACCUGCGGCGGACUCAGUCCCACAGCUCUUUGCUCGUUCCCGACCCGAGUGAUCCUCCGGAGCCGAGCCACUCUCCGACGAAUAACUCGGGUUAUGUUUCCCAGUCCUCCCCUUCAGGGAUCCCAGAAAGGGGCACCGCUGCACGGGAUCCCUCUCCCCCCAGGGCCCCCAACCUUAGAGAAUCCACAACCACCAGCUUUUCUGGUUUGCGGUCGGUCCCCAAGCCCACGUCCUCAGCGACGGACUCACCAGAGCCCACCCAACCGGUCCGGACCAACAACGGGGAUAUCGACACAAAGCCGCUGUCCUCCGUGGACUCCUUGAUCCACAAAUUUGAUGGAAAGGCCCCACCGAGGGGCCGAGCCUCCCGCAGGACCCAGGUCUCCCCCAAGAGCCAUCAGCGCUCACGGAGCCUCGAUGGAAGAGGCACUUACCACGAUACGGCUGACGGACGGGAACGAGAGAGCGACGGGCGGCUGGGACAUUUCAAAGAGGCAGCACAGCAAUCCUCAGCGACUAAGCCGCUUGUUUCGGUGAACGCCCCGGGCAGUCGGGGAGCCACUGGUCAAAUGACGAAGGAGAAGAAAGUAGAGAAGGCUAAGAUGAUCCAGGAUUGGGUCAACAAGAGCCUGGAGGAACCUGGGACGGAGAAACAGGCCAGAAAACCAGCCCAGUCUGAUUUGCAGUUGAAGUCCACCCCGGACCUUCUGAGGGAUCAGCAGGAAGUGGCCCAGCCAGGAAGCAGCGAAUACACCAAGGAACUCAUCUACAGCAUCCUGAAGGACAGGAGCACCGAAAGCGACGCCUCGGCAAAGCGAAAAACCAACCUCAUCUUUGAGAAAAUCCAGGGGCUUGCGGCCGCUCCUUCGUCGGAGCUGAGAGGGUCCAGUGUGGAGGUGAUUGAACCGAAGCCGAGUGUGGAAGAACCGGACAGCCGGACCAAGGCACCCCAGAGGGUGGAAUCCUCCCUGGAGACCACCCGGCACGGCCUCCCUCCUCGUCCCCUCGAAAUCCGGCUGCGGGAACUGGAGGAAGAAUGCCAGCGGCUCCAGGAAGCUUUUGAAAAGAAGAGCCGGGAGCUCCAGAGCACGUCAAAAGAGUUGAGAGAUGUCCGAACGGUCAAGGAGCAGCUGGAAGCCAAGCUGACCGACCUUGAAGACCAGCUGACGGAGAUGCAGAAGGCCCUGGAUCGUUUCCAAGAUCUCCCCUCAGGCAGCCCGGAUCAGGACGCCUUGCUGAAGGAGCUGCUGGAGACCCGUGAAGAUCUGGAGGAGAUCUUUGUGGCCAAGCAGAAGCAAGAAGACCAGCUGCGCCAGAGGGAGCGCGAGUUGACCGCUCUGAAGGGGGCCCUGAAGGAGGAGGUGUCCAGCCACGACAAGGAGCUGGAUCGGGUCCGGCAGCAGUACCAGCAGGACAUGGAGCAGUUGCGACGCAACAUGGAGGACGUGUCGCAGGAUCAAGCCAGCCUGGAGGCCGAGAGACAGAAGGUCAACUCUCUGGUGAGGACCCUCCAGACGGAGCUCCAAGAAAGCCAGGAGGAGGCCACUCACUGGAAAGAGAUGUCCCAACGAAACAAGGAGGACCUCCGUAGUGUCAAACAAGAGCUGAUGCAGGUGAAGGUGGAACGCGAGGAGUUUGAGGAGGACCUGAAGGAGAGCCGUGAGCGCUUGGCAGCUCUGCGGAAAGAGAUGGACCAGAUCCGGAACCGUUCGACGGACGCCGAGGGGCUCCAUGAGCUAAGAAAGGAGCUCCGUGAGGCUCGGGAAGAGCUGCAGGACAUGGUGGAGGAGAAGGAAGACCAACACAAGCUCCUACGCCUGCGGGAGAGUGAGAUUGUUGACCUGAAGGAAAAGCUUGAAGAUGAGGUUGCUUCCCGUAGCCGGGACCUUGAGGGACUAAACGUGAGGUUCCAAGAGAAGAUGCAGCAGCUCCAGAAAGACUGCGAGGAAGCGUUUAAGGCUAAGGCAGUCUUGGAAGGUGAGAGGGAGGCCACUGAGCAGAUGCGGAAACUGGUGGAGUCCACCCUGAGGGAAAGUCAGGAAGAGAACGAUGACCUCCGUCGUAAGAUCUUGGGGCUGGAGACCCAACUCAAGGAAUACUACCAUUUUGCGGACAGCUGGCAAGACGUGGAGACCAGGCUGAAGGAGAAGAUUUUCAAGUUGGAGGCUGACCGCAAGCAGAUGGAAGAGUCCGUGAACAACGCCGUGGAUCAGGAGCAAGACCUGCUGCUGGCCAAGAGGUCCCUGGAGAGCCGGCUGGAGGAGGCCCAGCGUAACCUCCAUAAACUCACCCUGGAGCACCAGGACCUGAGUACCUCCUACCAGGAGGAGCUGAAGCAGAAGGAGAUACUCAGGAGGGCCAAAAACGAUCUGGAAGAGGAGAAGAGGCUGCUGGAUAGAAGCAUCGUGAAGCUGACCAAGGAGCUGAAGCAGAUGGCUGAAGAGUCUCACCAGGCCCUCUCGGACUUGCAGUCCCAGCUGGAGGACUACAAGGAGAAGUCGCGCAAGGAGAUCAGCGAUUCCCACAAACAGGCGAAGGACCGGAACGUGGAAGUGGAGAAGAUGCAGUAUGAAUUGGGGCGAUCCCAAGACGAGCUGCUGCGUCUCAGGCAGGCCCUGCAGGACAGCCAGGCCGAGCGAGAGAACGCCCUCCUGGACAAGGAGCUCCUGGCCCAGCGACUCCGCAACCUGGAGCAGGAGAUGGAGACCAAGCAGCGAUUCCAGGACGAUCGAUCCCGGCAGGUCAAAGCCUUGGAGGAUAAAGCCAAGCGCCUGGAAGUAGAGCUGGAUGAGGAACACAAUUCGGUGGAGCUUUUGACCGAGAGGAUCAACCGAUCCAGAGAUCAGAUCGACCAACUACGAGCUGAGUUGCUGCAGGAGCGGUCCGCCCGCCAAGAUCUGGAGUGCGAUAAAGUUGCUUUGGAAAGACAGAACAAGGACCUCAAAAGCCGGCUGACCAGCAACGAAGUUCUGCAGAAACCCAGCGUCAACGUCUCCCAGCUGGAGUCGCGGAUCCAGGACCUCCAGGAGAAGCUCCUGGCGGAAGAGAGGGAGAAGACUGUCCUGCUCUCCUCCAAUCGGAAGCUGGAGAGGAAGGUGAAGGAGCUGAGCAUCCAGAUUGACGAGGAGAGGCAGCAGGUCAACGACCAGAAGGACCAGCUGAGUUUACGGGUCAAGGCGCUGAAACGGCAGGUGGAUGAGGCAGAGGAGGAGAUCGAGCGGCUGGAGGCGGCACGCAAGAAGGCCCUAAGGGAGCUGGAGGAGCAGCACGAGAACAGCGAGCAGCUCCAGAGCCGCGUCAAAGCCCUGGAGAAGGACCUCUGGCGCAAGGCGGCACGCUCGACAGCCGAGUCCUCUCUUCGGGAUGACCAGCUGAGUUCGGACGAAGAUUUGGACAGCGCUUACGGCCCGUCCUCCAUCGCGUCGCUGCUGACAGAAGGGAACCUCCAGACCAGCUCCUGUUAAGGCCCUCUCUGGGGUUGGUUUGGAUGCUCUCUAAGGAUACCCCAGGAACUUUGCAAAACCCACGGUGGGGUGGGAUCCCUGCCCCGAGGGGGAAGGUUUCUCCCAAGUGGGGGCUCCAAAGCAACCAACCCCUUGAUUUUAAAAAACAGAACAGAGGGAAGAUUUUUUAUUUUCAGUUGCGACGAGAAGGAAAAACAGAGCUGCAAGUCUCUAAACGAAAAACUGAGUAUUAUUUACGUUUUUUUAAAAAAAUCUGGUUCUCAGGGCAUUGAGUGAUUAAAUAACAGAGCCUCCUUUUAAAUAUAUACAUAUAUAUAUAUAUGUUUUGUAUAUAGGGCUUAUAAAUGUACGUGCAUCGGGUUGCAUGGAGACGGAGAUGGGCGUGCGCUAAUAUUGCAGAACAAUCCAGAACGGUGAAAAUGGCAUUGCAUGGAAUUGUUCAAGUCCCUCUGGAAGAAGUAUUUGCAGUUUCCCCCAACUGUCUUUUUCCUGCACCGGCUCGGCUUGUGUUCCUCCCCCAGAAGUCUCAACCAGAGGUGGCCUUCCAGAUGUGUCUGAAUCCUAAAUCUCCUUCAGAUCGCUGGCUGGAGAAUCUGGUGGCAGGCAGUUCCACGGGAUCUGGAAGACAGCUGCCCCUCUCCUGACUUUUUCCUAUCUGUUUUUCUCUUGCCCUCAUUCAAAGGAGUGCCUUUGCAACCUUCUUCCCCAGGAAAAAAAAAGAUAAUUUUCAGUGGACAGCUAGAGGCCACGUAGACCACCCUACUAAGAAGCGGUGAGCAAUUUUGACACACACACACACACACACACACACACACACACACACCCAGGAGGGCGAAUAAUCCUUCUCUGGCCAAUUCCUGGUGUUUUCUUACUGUUAAACCAGCCAGGAUUAGAUCAAGGAUUGUAGAGAGUAGCAAAAAAGCAAGAACCAGUUGUGCUUCCGUCUAUCUUACACUCAGAUUGGUGACAAAAAUCAAAUUUAUGCAAACCCCCCCCCAAUUUAAUCUGCAGCUUGUGUGUCUUUAUGACUUGGGGUGUGUUGUACAGACAACACCUCUUGUUUUCUGGCUUGAAAAGAUUCAAAUCAUCUUCAUGAAAUUGCCCUCUUUGGUGCCCCUGCACAAAAGGGCCCGUCAGAGGCUUUCCGCAAUCUGACAUUUGGGAACAACAAGUCCCAUCGUCCAUUCCUCCAAGCCCACAGGCCGAUGGGACUCGGAACCGACAUCCGGAGGGCACCUGGUUGCAGAAGACCCCCUCCUGAGGACAGGUGGGAAGGUGGUUGUAUCUUCCCAGUUAGAAGUAAGUUGUGAAAAUAAAACAACACUGCAGCAGAGUCAAACUCCAAUUCUGCUGCAAAAGCUGCUGGGUUCGGCAACCUAUCUGAGAAGGGCAAAACGGGGGGGGGGGGGAAAUCCCAUUUUUACAAUUCUCUCCUUUAACUGGAGCACCACACAGCUUCUCUUUCGGAGGCGGGAUUGCAGUUUGGGUGCUAAAUUGGCUAUUUUUAAAGCUUUUCUCCGUCUCUCCCGUUGGAGAAUGUCCCGGUUGCAGCAGUGAAGUUUUCCCUCCGGUGUUUUUCCAAUCCUGAAUUGUGUUUUCAUGGCAAAGAGGCAAGCCAUCUACCUUGGCAUGUCGACAGCUCCUUGGCAUCGCUGCGUGAUCUGGAUUCCUGUCUGGUGAGGCUAGUUUUCAACCUGCCAGUGAGCUGGCGGAGAAGAAUGUGGCUGCUUUGCAAACUCCUGCAGCGUUACCAAAUUUAUGUUUUUCCCAAGGGCUGCUUCCUCCAUUUUCUCUCCGGGAGCCCACCUCCGGGUCUACAAAAAUCACCUCUCCAGGCCACGCCUGACACCAAGUGCCUUAUUGUCAGAGCAGAAGGACACUUUGUGUGUGUGUGUGUGUUUCCCGGCUGGUUGGCCGAGAACGUACUCGGAAACACAACACGGUUGGCACAGGACAGAUCUGUAUCUCGUCGCUGGCUAAAUUGCAGCUUGGUUGUGUUCCCAAAGAAGUCAAGUCUCGAAGCAUAAACGGGAUUUAAAAGACCCAUGAGACCAAAAGCAGAAGGAUGGAGAGCCCAAAUGCCGCCUGUUCCAUUUGCAGGUUGAUACGUUGUGAGGCCGGCAACUCGACUUUGACACUGGAGGUAAACUGGACCUUAUUCAGAGAUGACCUUGGAGGGGAAAAAAAGUCAACUUUUUUGAGCUCUGAAUAGUUGAGCUGAAUCCUGGGGGGAGAUGGACCCCGUAUUAGCCCUCACCAUUCUGAUUCCUAGUUGGACACGCUUGCUUUAAGCCAUUGCUGGCAAUUCCGAUUCGGCAAACAGCAAUUAAUUGGAUUAAAUCUGGAAUCCAAAUCAGUAGGAAAUAUUGGGGGCUUCAUCAAGGAACGAUGGGCCUCUGGAGAUUUUCCCAACGAAACCAACUUUAUCCACAAGCCCAUCUCCAAAGCUUUCCAUUUUUUAAUUUCCUACUUGUAUUCUUUUUAUGGCAACGACACCAAUAGUUGGCGGAGAGGGGAAAAAAAAAACCCUUGAAGUUUUGAGCCGAGACUGUGAGCUGUACAAUUUUAAAUUCGCUGCUAAUGCAAUCUGGGCUGAAUUUUAAGAAUGGGCCAUUUUUGAUUUCCUGGAGCUUUAUUUUAUAUAUAUAUAUAUAUUAUUUUCUGGUCUCGAACGAAAAUCAAAAACCCUUGUAUGUUGAUUUUUUUUCAAAUAAAAGAGCUAUAUUUAUCAAA